AUGGUCGUCGUUGCUAGUACCCUGCUUUUCAUUAUAGUCGGUGUUGUUAUUGCGUUUACAACGUCUCAUCAUAAAUUAACUGAAGAUAGUGCAACCGAUGGUCUUCCAGCCAAUAAUCCUAUCAGGCAGCCUUGGAUCUGGCCUCUUCCUCAAACUUGGCAGCGUGGAAAUCAAACUAUCGAAUUUUCCGAAAACGUACGCUUCGACUUCGAGGGUAGCAGUUCUAUUUUGAACAAGGCUGUUCAACGUUAUCAGAGAUUAUUUUUUCUCAAAGAAACUCACCCUAUGAUUCCUUACAAUUGGUCUACCACAUCGACAAUCGUAGCGUAUGUUCUAAACAAAAUUCAUAUUCAAGUACAGGAUAUUUCCGAGGAGCUGAGCAUAGAAACAGACGCAUCUUACUCGUUAAUCAUUCUAGCUGCUCAAUACGAUAGAGUGCAAAUCAAAGCCAAGACUGUUUUUGGUGCUCUCUACGCUCUGGAAACGCUCUCUCAAAUCGUGCGCUGGUCACCUGUUCACCAGACUUUUGUCAUUCCAAACGCUCCCUGGAACAUCAUCGAUUAUCCGAAAUAUAAACAUCGGGGUCUUCUUCUCGAUACUUCACGCCAUUAUUACGACGUGCAAGAUCUUCAUAAAGUCAUCGAUACAAUGUCAUGGAACAAAAUGAACGUCUUCCAUUGGCAUUUUCUUGAUGCGACAUCAUUCCCUUACGCUUCCAAAGCAUAUCCGCAACUGGCAAACAAGGGAGCUUACAGUCCUGUACAUCAGUAUACAAAUGAUGAUAUUCGCAACCUGGUGCAGUAUGCGAAAGAGCGUGGAGUACGCGUCAUACCUGAACUUGAAGCUCCUGGACACAGUACUUCCUGGGCAUACGGAAUUCCUGAAAUUGUAUCGUGCGUCAACAAGGUUCCCUACGCAGGGUUUACCGUUCAACCACCAAGUGGCCAAUUAAACAUUGCUAACAGCAAGACCAAAGAAGUGGUCAAUACUAUCAUAGAUGAGUUAUCUGAAUUGUUUCCUGACUCGUGGUUCCAUGCAUCCGGUGACGAAGUAAUCAUGAACUGCUGGACAAACGAUACUCAGAUCGUAUCAUAUCUGGCAGAAAGGAACAUGACCAUUAUGGAACUCUUUCGAAGUUUUGUCAUCGAUAUGCAGAAUCAUAUUCGUUCUCGCCAUAAGACUGUAAUGGUUUGGCAGGAAAUGUUGCUAGAAUAUAAUUUUACUCUGCCGACAGAUACGAUAGUGCAGAUUUGGAUCGGUUCUUCUGGAGUAAAAGCUGCAACUCAAAAAGGAUACAAGACCGUUGUUUCUUCGAGUGAUUAUUGGUAUUUAGAUACUGGUUAUGGUAAACCACGAAGCAAUCCUUAUUCGAAUGUACCCGGAGCAGGCUACAAUCAUUGGAAUAGAGUUUAUUCUUAUGAUAUAAGAGCGAAUCUAACCGAAGACGAAGCAAAUUUGAUUCAGGGAGGAGAAGUUUGCAUGUGGAGUGAACUGGCCGAUAGGACUAACUUCGAAGGAAAAAUUUGGCCACGAGCAGCAGCAGCUGGUGAACGAUUGUGGUCAGGCUAUGAGACACCCACUGGUGAAACCAUUGCGAGCGAUGAUGCUAUUCUUCGGUUAUUGCCAUGGCGCGAACUUAUGGUUCUUCGAGGCACGAUGGCGUCGCCUCUCAAUCAAGGCUUCUGCACUCGUAAUCCACUUGAUUGCUUCCAAGUUGAACAUAUUCAAACAGCUUGA